AUGAUGAAUCGGAUGAUUCAUACGCAGAGCGAACCGCAAACGUCGUUUGGAUCGAAUCAGCACAUGCAACAGCAGCAGCAGUCCCAACCCCAACACAAUCAGCACCCGCACCAGAAUCAACACGCUCGCCUUAUCAAUCAAAUCAUAUCACACGCCUAUGCACAGGAGCCAUUCGAUUCAUCGUUACUACUUAAUAAUGGACAGCAGAAGUUCGACUUUCUGCCCAACCUACCAGGAGGCCACCCGAGCCAUUUAAUGCAAAACGGACUGGCCAACAACAAUCAGCAACAGAAUCCACGUGGCACCAAUAAUGGGACAACGACAGUGAAAAAGGCCAAAAAGGGACAGGGACCCGGAAGGAGGCCGGCGCUGGAUGCUAAUGGAAUGCCCAAAGAGCGACCAUUCAUCUGCCCGCGGCCCGACUGUGGCAAGCGAUUCUGCCGAAACGACCACCUCCAACGACACAUGCGGAUUCAUACGGGCCAACGGAUGUUCCAGUGUCAGACGUGUCUCCGUGCGUUCUCCCGGUCCGAUCAUUUGGCGAAACACGAGAGAACGCACUCGUCGGACAAGCCGUUCAGCUGUCUGACGUGCGCCCUACGGUUUCAUAAGCACGAGGAGAAGAAGAAGCACGAGGAGAAAUGCAAGCAUAACGUGGAUGAUCAGCAGCAACAACAGGUUGGAAAUCGACAGCAACAACUGAACCUAAUCAGUGGUGGACAUAAUAUGUACCAGAAUCCGACGACGCCAUCCGACCGUACUCCUCGAUCAAAUUAUCACAAUAUUGCAACAACGGAUUUCACGCGCAUUGUAGAUGAUAUCGAACGCUUUAAUGCAAUCGCCGAACUCGAGCAACUUGAUGAUGAUUCCGCCAUCGACGACGACGGUUCAAUUCAAUAA